UGGAGGCGGCGCGUGGAAAUCUGAGUCCCGCUAACAUCCCCCAAUCGGGGUGACCCCGCUGGCGGCUCUGUCCACGGGACGGUCCUGAAACGCCGCCUCGAAUGAAACGAAAGCAGUGCGUGAAGAGCCCGGCCAGCGAGGGGUUAAGCGCCUGCUCCCUCCCCACGUGAUGUCAGGACGGCGCUCCCCCCGAUGCGCGCGGACACCCGCACUCAGAGUGAGAGAGAGAGAGAGAGAGAGAGAGCGCGAGAGACCGGCGCAGAGGGUCGGCGUUGGGGAAUCCGGGGAGAUCGCAAUAAUGAUAAAUUAAAGGAGCGCCGCAAAAAAAGGGAAGAAGCUGCCUGCUUGGAUUAAGAAACCCGCUUUGUCAAACUUGAGCUACUCGAAGUCAGCCGCUGUCGUCGCUGUCGCUGUCGCUGUCGCCGCAGCUGUGAUUUCCUCCUCAGCCAACUGAGCGGAGAGACGACCUCAGAAGAGUGAAAGUGAAGCCUUCAGGUGUGCGCGCGUGCGUGCGUGUGCGUGCGGGUCUGUGUGUGCGUGUCACGCAGCGCCGUCUGUUACCAAGGAGACCGGGAGUAACAGAGCGAGGCGCGUCAAGCUUGAGGAGCUCCAAGUACCUGCGUGAAGCGCCUGGCCCUGCGGCCCCUGUGGACCCUCAGACUGGAGGCGAGCCCCCAGCUCUCCUCCCUCCAUGUGACUCGGAGGCCGCGGUGCCACUUCUUCGGCUAUGGGGAAGUCCAACAGCAAACUGAAGCAGGAGGUGGUGGAGGAGCUCACCCGCAAGACCUACUUUACGGAGAAGGAGGUCCAGCAGUGGUAUAAAGGCUUCAUCAAGGACUGCCCAAGCGGUCAACUAGAUUCAGCGGGCUUCCAGAAGAUUUACAAGCAGUUCUUCCCAUUUGGAGACCCCACCAAAUUUGCCACAUUUGUCUUCAAUGUGUUUGAUGAGAACAAGGACGGACAGAUUGAGUUCUCUGAGUUUAUCCAGGCGCUUUCAGUGACUUCACGAGGCACGCUGGAUGAGAAGCUGCGAUGGGCGUUCAAACUUUACGACCUGGAUAAUGAUGGCUACAUAACCCGAGAUGAGAUGCUCAACAUUGUGGAUGCUAUUUAUCAGAUGGUGGGCAAUACCGUGGAGCUACCCGAGGAAGAGAACACACCAGAAAAACGAGUAGAUCGGAUUUUUGCUAUGAUGGACAAGAAUGCCGAUGGGAAGCUCACGCUGCAGGAGUUCCAGGAGGGCUCCAAGGCAGACCCCUCAAUUGUUCAGGCGCUGUCAUUAUACGACGGCUUGGUGUAGUCGUCUGGAUGCAGUGUUGAGAUUCCCUGAGUGGGUCAGUCCAGUGCCGUCCAGCCAGAAGAACCAUGUGCGUGUCUCUCAACUCCUUGUGACCAAGGGAGUGAGAUGGGGAUGUCUUGUUUCGCCGAUGAGCACCGUGCAGCAUCAACUAUAGUCUCAUUUAGCCAAUCCCCAUUCACCGCUGUCCUGCCAUUAAUGGGAUGGAGCCUUCUCCACAGAGGGACAAAUGAAUGAGGAACUUGUUUUGCCCUUCCUCCUCCUCGUCCUCUUUAUCUCUUAUUUGCUUUCCCUCUCUAGCCUUGUGGCGAGAGGCAAAUCCUAGGGGAAUACAAACUCACUUUCUACUGAAAUCUUUUUUUUCAGCAUUCACAAGAGGAAGGAGCUGAAAUGGAAGGUUUCACUUGACCUUUUUUCUGGACUUGUACAAUGUUCUCGGUCACCCAUGGACUGGAAGUUUGAAACGAGGCACGCGGCACGGCUGUGGCCUUCAGGUGGAGGAAAGGGCUUUUCUAAGCGUAUUUAUUCUUCUAUACUUUGCCGUCACCCUGCUUGUUCCAGCUACUAGGGCGGGCAGAAAGGUUUUGUGUCUCACUGUCUUUGGCCACCCGCGCCUGACAUGGCGCCUGCUACUAGGUGGUUGCAGAGAGAAGACUGUAUUUAUUUGAUAUUUGUGCGCGCACACUCACGUUUUUGUAUGUAUGUGGACUACUUGUGGGAGGCAAACUUGUGUGUUUGGCAUGCUUUAUUCAUUGGAACCAAACCACCGCCCCCUGUGUAGAGCGGAACAAAUGAUGUCCCAGACAGUGGGUGGUAUGGCUAUUCAGGAGAACUGCUUGGCUACUCAAGUGUGCUGCUUCUGUUUGUUUUCUCUGUUUUUCUGUACCGCUUGGUUGCCCAAAGAGCCUUUUUUCAUUUUUUGUGAUGGCCUUUUUGACACUUGCUUGUUUUCCAUACCACUGUGAUGGCAGCCAGGAGAACUGGCUACCCUGUCUUAAGAACAUUAGAUAAAUGAACUGGAGAACGUUCAGUUCAUCGAGCUUAGUUGGACCAGCCAUGCCUAUUUCUCAAUGGCAGAUUGCCUAACAAAACACCCCACACUACCCAAUUGCUUCCCUAGAGUUAUCAGGUUGUCCACUCAGAGAGGACUUAAAGCUUAAUUUUGGGGAAAAAUGGCAUUGGUGAGCAUGAAAAUUCCUAAACGAUGUGCCAGCAUAACCCAGAGAGAGUCACCUCACCUUUUGAACCCCUGAGGAUGAAGAAUGGCACUCACCGUACUUUCUAUGUAAAGCAAUCCAGCGUCAUACAUAAACUGAAAGGCACUAUAUAUUUUUUAUCAUUUCGACUAGCUGGAAUUUGAAUAUAAUACCUUUUGCUAGCUAUGGGGGGUUGCUGGUCAUGGAUACCACAAGACAAUAGGCGUCCCUAUAGGAGUUCAGAGCACCUGGCUUUUAUGAUAGCUGCUCAUUUGUCACUUCUGUUUUCAGUGGACACAGCAACAGGCAUCAUUGCUGGCUAGACAGUAUUAUGAGAAUACAUACAUUGGAAAGGCGUCAUUUUUACAUUCACAUCAAUUUAUUUAUUGAUUUUUUUUCUGACCAUGCUCCGAGUUCAAGUGGUAGCACUGAGUUCAAGUUGGGAAUGAGCCCUAGAUGGGGUGCCAGUCCAUCACCAGGGACCCUUCACAACCACACUUACUCACAUAUUUAACCUGACAUGUCAAUUUAGAUGUAGGCGGGUGACUUAUUUAGAGGUGGAGAAACCACACAAACGCCACACUGGCAUCGCUUGGGCUGAGGUGUGAAUCCAGAGCUGUGGAGCUAUGAGGCAGGAGUGCUAACAAUUGCUCCAUUUUAGUGGAGGGUCUGUUUCCCCCUUUGAAAUGCAAUCUUGUAAAUGAGGAUGUCCAGGGAGGGAGUCUUAAAUGGCUACAGCUGAGGAACCUUCACUCAAGGAGACCCUUGAAUCUCCCCUAGCAGCAGCCAGCUGAGGUGACUUUGGCCAGGCUAUUGCAAACAGAAGAUAAAUAAGCAGGGCUGAUCAAUGAUAAGCCAAUGUAACCUUAACACUUCUAACUGUUCCAGUUAAACUUUAUACACAGCUGGUCCUUUCAUAGUGAACACCGUGUUCAGUGAUGGUGACAAGUCACUCAGAAUAAAGCAGUGAGCUCGGAGGUAGGGCUUGAACCUCUGAUCUUCCCACUAAGGGACCCGGCACAUUGACAUGUUAUCUGCAGGAAAUAAAGCGCGGACGUGUUGUCUUCUUGUUCUGUUCCAUUUCUGAUUCUACGACGUCCUUUGCACAGAACAGACCUGCCGCAUGAUUAGAGCACCAGGCAGAGAAACGUUCACGGAUGAUGACAGGCAGCGUCGAGUGAUCACUUCACUUACAGAUCAUUUUUAGACAACAUUAUUUUCAACACUCUGUAGCUUAAGUCAUCCUGUUGCCUGCAUUUCACUACCUUAUGAUCAAGACACUUAUAAAACAUUCCAUGCUCUUCUAGUAGGUUCCACCAGCUUUCAUUCCAAAUAUCUUCUCCAAGCUUAAGAAAAAUUUGGUCCAGGUUAACGCAGAAUUUGGCGUUUGAUAUGAUUCCCAUUAGUGUUCCCUUAGUAUGAAAUUUCUGGAAUUUUCUACAUUAUUAGGUUACAUUUUAAAAUGAGUGCCAGGCUAUAUGGUGUCAUAAAGAACUUUACGUGGAAUACUGGGGUUGGGGCCUGCUGUAAAAUGUAACUUUAUGUAAAUUGGGGGUUUGGUGUUUUGUACCUAAAUUCUGAGAACCUGGCAUCUUUUGGAGUGACAAAUCUGGACAUCAUUGUGUGGUCCAACAGGACAGGGAACUCAAAUGCCGGCUAUAGAGCGAUGGCUACUCAAUCUAACAAUAUUCUUUACAAAUAAGGAAAUGGUCAUUACCUUGGACACUGGAGUAAAGUUUGGGGGUAAUUCAUGUGGCUUUUUCAAAUUAAUGUAUGGGAUGCAUUACAUAUGCCAAGAUGACACCUGAAAAUUUCAAUUUCAAUACACCUCGCAGUUGUAGUGAGCUUACGGCAAACAAAUACGACAAUUGGGCAUUCUGGGUGUUUACAACAUUUACAGAAUAAGUUAUGGCAUGAGUUUGCUUGAUUUGCCAGAAUGUUUGCAUAUUAUUCAGGAAUCUUUUAAAUAUUUGUGUGUGUUUUUUACUUCCUAACACUGAAGCAGUAUUUAAAUAUUAUAAAGGCCUGAACAUAUUACAGUACAACCAAAAAUCAUUUAAAGAAUAAUGUGGCUACAGAUACCUUGUGCAGCCUGCAUUUAACAUUGAGUAAGGAAAGAGCCAAUUUUGCUUUAAAAGUAAAUUAACCACUUCUGUAGAGAAAUUUGCAGAAAUUUUGACAUGCGUCUCUUCUUGUGUUCUCACUUAAUCCACUUUAGGGUUUUGGCGUUGCUCCCCCUCGUCUCUCAGCGGGCCCAAUUGAGACAAAAAACAGGCAAAGCAUCUCAGUAAGGAAGCCCAUAUAGGUUUGAACCAAAAUCCAGCAGGCACCACUGUGCCCUCCUAAUACACGGUGUUUCAUUUUUUUUUAAUCUUUCCUGCCUGUACCGGUUUGGUCACGUUUGUGCAAAGUUUUGCAAGUUUGUACAACAACGCCAUUAACAGUAUUUGUUUGUCGUCUUGUGCUUUCACAUUUCCCCAUCGACAGAUAGAAUGUUUGUUCCAGCCUUGUGCCGCUUUAUGCUUACUAGGCUCCAGCAAAGACCUCCAACUCCCCCCCUGAGACCCCUGCUCUGGAUUAGGCAGGUUAGAAAAUGAGAUGACAUGUUAGUUUCAUUUUUAGUGUAUCAAAUUAAUCUCAUGUUGGCUGUUAAUUGUCUCGAUCACCUGAGGCACAAUUUUAUGCUCAUAAAGUGAAUAUUUUAUUUCA